UAAAAGGCAGUUUGUGCAGAGAAGGAAACAGAUUAGUAAGCUAAAGUCUAGCAAACUAAGAUUCAAUGAUGGAAAUAGGAGUUGAUGCUCUCCAUGACUCUGGGGUUCAGAUGGUCCAAUAUCUCCAGAUGAACUACAAGAGUUCUCAAGACUGGUUCAUGUUUGUCUCAUUUGCAGCUGAUCUCAGAAACACGUUCUUCAUCUUCUUCCCUAUUUGGUUUCACCUUUGUGAGUCAGUGGGCAUCAAACUAAUCUGGGUUGCUGUGAUUGGGGACUGGUUGAAUCUUGUCUUUAAAUGGAUACUGUUUGGACAGAGGCCAUACUGGUGGGUUCACGACACAGAUUAUUAUGGAAAUACUACCAUUCCUGUAAUUAAACAGUUUCCCGUCACCUGUGAGACUGGACCAGGAAGUCCUUCAGGUCAUGCCAUGGGUUCUGCUGGUAUUUACUAUGUAAUGGUGACAGCAAUUCUUACAAUUAUGCUGAAGAAAAAGGAAUCUGCCCUUACAAGCUGGUGUGUGCGGGGAGCUCUUUGGUCCGUUUUCUGGGCUGUCCAGGUUUCCGUCUGUUUGUCUAGAAUAUUUUUAGCUGCACACUUUCCACACCAGGUGGUAGCUGGAGUGAUAUCAGGGAUGGUUGUAGCUGAAGCAUUCCAUCACACACAAGCAAUCUACAAGGCAAGCCUGAAAGAUUAUGUCUACACCACUCUAUUCCUUUUUUGCUUUGCGCUGGGGUUUUAUCUUCUACUAAGAGCUGUUGGUGUAGACCUUCUCUGGACUCUGGAAAAGGCUAAACGAUGGUGUGAAAAGCCUGAGUGGAUUCAUAUUGACACCACACCUUUCGCAGGCCUCCUUCGGAACUUAGGAAUCUUUUUUGGUUUGGGACUCGCUCUCAACUCCAAACUUUAUCAAGACAGUUGUCGUGGAAAGCAAGGAGGUCAAUUCAAGUUCCGCUUUUGUUGCAUAAUUGCAUCUCUGUUUGUCCUCCAUCUUUUUGAUUCAUUUAAGCCACCUACCAAAGUCGAAAUUAUUUUCUACGCCCUUUCCUUCUGCAAAAGUGCUGCUGUACCACUAGCUGCAGUUGGCAUUAUUCCUUAUUGUGUGUCUCAGCUGCUCAACCAACAGACGAAAAAGACUCUAUAGUAGGUUUCUUAAUAAUUUAUAGCUUCUAAUAAUCUUUAACUUGACUAGAAAAACAUAGUCCUUAUUUGUACAUGAAGCUUUUCUGUUUAACACAGAUGUUAUUUAAACGGGAGCAACGGUUGGGUGACUGGGCAUAUUAUGUUGUCUAGAAGAUAUAGUACCGGGAAGCCAUCAAUGCUGAUAUUCAGGUGGUUGAUGGCAUGGAUUUAGUUUACUAAGAACCCAGAAAGUUGAAGGCCAAUAACUUAAUAAUAUUGUGGAAGAUAAACAUAGAAGACUUACAAAUGAUGGGAAGUUGGAAUGCGAAGACUGGACAUAUCAUGGUGCUUCCAAAGUGUGUUACCAAUCCUAUCAAAAAAAGCUACAUUUGAAAUCCAUGAGGAGUUCCAGGCUACCUCAGUAGCCAAACAAAAUAUUACAAUAUGAAGUUAGUUUGCAUAGUCCUUGCAGAUCAUUUGGACAGCAGGAACCAUUUGUUUCAGAACAUUUCAGAAAUAGAACAAGCAGUGGCUCAUUUGUUCAUUCAACAUGUAAUUGUAUUUUAGAGCAAUUUUUUUUAUGGCGCUGAAAUGGUCAAAACUGCUUUGUGUAAAAAAAAAAAAAAAAGUUGUAUUUCAGGGAGGAAUUUUUGGUUACUUUUAGCAUCUAUUCAAAUAUAUAUAUUUAUUCUCAUAAGUGACCAUCAAAUGUUUUUCCAUCACUUAAAUUGUAUAUUUUGUCAU